AUGGAAACUAAACGGCGAGAGUUGGAACAGGAGGAAUUGCUGAAGCAAACUAUUAAGGCUACUGAGGCGGAAAAGGCGAGGGCGGAUGGGCUAGAUCUAAAGGUCAAAAAUCUCCAAGCCGAUCUCAAGGGUUUAGAAGGAGCUGACAAGGAAAACGCCGACCUUCGCGCUGCCAACAACCGACUCAAAAAUGAACUAGCUUCUAGUCAGGCGGCUCAUAAAGAAGAGCUUCAAAAAGAACAACGCUGCCUGAUUGCUGAGAAUGAGACCAACAAUGAGGAGCGCAUGAAGCUCGCCUGGGGGCUCAUACACCCGGACUAUGACUACGAGUUCUUCGACCUUAGGUAUAAGUAUGCCUCAGAGGUAUAUGAUGCCAAGGUCCUUGGACUGGACCCGCCUGCUUCCUUCGAGGAGUGGGCCGGUUUGGUCAAAGAAGGGCAGGAAGAGGAUGAGAAGCAGGCGCAGACUCAAGAGCCGGCUCAGGAGCAGGUGCAGGAGCAGCAGCAGGAGCAACAGCAGCAACAGGAACAACAAUGA